AUGACCCCCGAGCAAAAGGCCAUACUCUACGACUCUUACUAUCAGAACCACCGCAUUCAAUGGUAUCUUGGCUAUGUCUGGGCCGCAACUGUCGCAGCCAUCUUCACUUAUCGCAUCACCGUCACUGGAUUGCGUUAUGUCCGGACGCUGGCAUGUCUGGAGAAUGAGAAGCAGCAUUACUUCGUCAACCCCCACGCCGGCUGGGCCUCUUUGAGGCGCAACAUUAUUGACGCUCCUCUGUUUCGUAGACGACACAAUCGCGAGUUCAAGCUCUCGGCUGCAGCCAGCAUGGGAACUUUGCCAGGCAGACUUCAAAUAAUGUAUCUCAUUGGCUACCUAGCAAUGAACAUCGCCUUUUGCGUCGUGAGCAUUCAUUGGAGCGGCGGUAAUGUUGCUACCGAGAUUAGAAACCGUACAGGUGUAUUGUCGGUCAUGAACAUGUUGCCGCUGUUCCUGCUGGCCGGUCGCAACAACCCACUGAUCAAGUUGCUCGACAUGUCCUUUGACACUUACAACCUCAUGCAUCGCUGGAUCGGCCGUAUCGUGGUUCUUGAAGCAGUGGCUCAUACUGCCGCAUGGAUGGCAAGCAAAAUUAUGGCCGCUCCUUCAUCUGCUGUCGGUUGGAAUAUCAUUGGGAAGGCAAUGGCCAGUAGUCAACUCAUUCUGACUGGCACAAUCGCUACUUGUGCCUUCGUUACACUGUUGCUUCACUCACCGUCUGUCGUUCGUCAUGCAUUUUACGAAACCUUCCUCCACGUCCACAUCGUCUUGGCAAUCGUUGCUAUUGUUACUGUAUGGAUCCAUCUCAAGACACUUCCCCAGCAGAUAUUGAUUCUCGGUGUGAUUGUCAUCUGGGUCUUUGAGCGUACUGCGCGCAUCGUGAUCUUGAUUCGUCACAAUGUCGGUCGUGGCGGUACCAAGGCUGAAAUCGAGGCUAUGGCUGGAGAAGCCAUCAGAGUCACCAUCCGUAUGGCUCGACCCUGGAAAUUCCGUGCUGGCCAGCAUCUUUACCUUUAUCUGCCUUCUGUCGGCAUGUGGACGAGCCACCCUUUUACCAUCGCAUGGAGUCAAGAAGAACAGGAUCUCGCCUCUGAGAAACUUCCAACUGACGCACUCGAGGUAUUGGCUAGACGCAAGACAACCAUGUCUCUGAUUAUUCGUCGCCGUACUGGUUUCACCGACACGCUCUGGAAGAAGGCCGAGAAUGCUCCAGAUGGCAGAUUCUUUACCAAUGCCUUUGUCGAGGGUCCUUAUGGCGCUGCUGAUUCUUACGAGUCUUAUGGUCAUGUCAUGCUGUUCGCCGCAGGUGUUGGUAUCACUCAUGCCGUGCCACAUGCUCGUCAGCUCGUGGGCGGCUAUGCCAACAAUACCUGUGCCACCCGCAAGGUUGUUCUCGUAUGGAUCCUUCAGAGCCCAGAGCAUCUCGAAUGGAUCCGUCCUUGGAUGACCGAAAUCUUGGCCAUGGAAAAGAGACGCGACUGCCUUCGCAUUCUCCUCUUCGUCACUCGCCCUAAGAGCACCAAGGAGAUUCACUCGCCAAGCGCAUCAGUGCAGAUGUUCCCUGGUAAGCCCGACGUUGGUGCCUUGAUCUCCGCGGAACAGGCCAAGCAAGUUGGUGCAAUGGCAGUCAGUGUCUGUGGCACUGGAGGUCUGGGUGACGACGUUAGACGUGCCGUCAGAGAACGUUGCGAAACGACAACGAUUGAUUUCUAUGAGGAGAGUUUCACCUGGUAG